GCUGCCGAGUCGGUUGAGAGCGUUUUCUUUUGCGCUGAUCGUGUGCUGUUGUGGUGUUUUGCGUUUGCUUUCCGCGUUGCUGUUGUUGCGUUGCGUAUCGCGUGCGUGCGUUUCGUUACAUUCGCCAGUGUUGUUGGCGGCGCGCGCCAAAAAGGCUCACGUGCUGAGUGGGCUUGGUGAAAUUGCUUGUUGGCAUUUAAUUUUGUGAUUGCGAUUAUAGUUAUGGUCUGCGUGUUGGAGUGAUUUUUAUCGUUGAUUCAUUGUUAAGCGGGCAAACCAGCGCCGCCGCUCGAUCGAUGGGUUCGCCUUGUUGCUGACCUCGAGCUGACGGGCUGACCGAGCAGCUUGUCCUGGUCCAGUUUGUGCGUGUGUAUGUGUGUGUGUGUGUCUCUUUAUGUUGUGCGAUUUUUUUUACAAGUGAUAGUGUAAAGAAGAGGUAGAAAAUUGGCUCCGCGCUUUUGCUUUCGAGCUGCCAAAACCGGGAGCGCAGUAAUUAGUGCAAACUAUUUUAUGCGCGCGCUCUUGUGAUUCUUAUCUAGAUUGUCCAAUGCUUUUGCUCGUCCAAGUUGUGCCUUGGCCGUCCUUUUUCGGCACACUCAAACAGUUUCGCGCGACGUUAGUUUGUCGUUGGAGAGAAAUAACUCUCGGUGGCAAACUUAAAAGAAGUUGAAGGGGGAAAAAUCCCUCCAAGCAUUUAGUUUAUGGUAGCCACUUCGUGCGAAGAUAAUACACCCGAGAUAAAGCUCUUUGCUAAGAAAAAAAAAAGAAAGAAAAACCAGCAAAUCCACUUGCCCCGACGAGAGUGCAUAGGACGCACUUUUAUGUGUUCGCCUGCAACCGAGCUGCUGCUUUGCAUCCUGCGAAUUUGCUGGCUUUAGCUGCGCUCUGCAGCUUCCCCCGCCCAGACGAGCAUCCACAUCGCAACCUGCAAGCCCACAAAACAGAAAGGACAACAGAAUCGACACAACAGUGCACCGGACACAGGACGCUUGCGGUGGAGCACCAUCACGGCCACGGAUUCUCUAAAAAACUGUUAUUCUCGAUGAAAUGGAUCGCAAGAAUGUCUCUAAACUGUCAACAACUGGAAGCACCAGACGCAAAUCGUCCUUCAAAGCAUCUACCACUACCGAUUAUAAAGACCCUUCGCAACCGGAUCGAGCAGGGGGCGGGCGGGCGGACCGUACCAGCAGCAUACCCGUCCAGCAGGGCGUUCCACACUACGCGGCCAGCUUUGCCUCGGUGCAUCGUCCCCGGCAGAUAAGCAACGUGGCGGCGAUCAAACGGACGGCCGGUGCAGCCCAGGUCGGUACGGACGCUUCGUCGACGGUGGUUGUCUUUGGUUGUCUGCCGGGUGCAGACAGUCCGCAGUCGGGUCAGGCCGCUUACCCACACCCGAAGCGACACGCCAAGUAUGGCCCGAGCAAGGCCGUGCCGAUGCCGCAGCGACCGGAAGCGCCCGGCUCGAGCGGUCCGGUAGGCCGAUCGAAUGGGAAAGUAGCUCUGCCGUACUCGGACCCCACUAUCGGGUGCCCGGUGUCAUCCGGGCGUAAUCCGCCCGCACCAACGACGGGCUCCUGUGUCAGCGGCGGUGAAAACAAUGGCAGAAUAUUUAAUCAACCGACGCUCCCGCUGCCGGUGCAGAUUCCGAAUCCGUACGCUUAUACGUCGUCACCUGCGGUGGCAUCGGUCGCCGGGGCAAAUUAUGGAGCGCAGCAGAUGCACCAGCACCGGCCGGUAUCACAAAAGACUGAUUAUCUACAGCCGUCGUCGUCGUCGUCGUCGUCCCCGGGUGGCAUUAGACAGGGCGUAAAUCAAAAGUCCUCAAGCUCGGCGGGCAUGGCGUCAGCAGGAACAGGAGAUGGCUGUCGACGCUUCAGCGCCCAGCCAUCAGUCGGAACUCGAGGCUUCACAACUACGGUGCAAGUACCGGCUGCUCCUGCCGGAAAGCUAACACCGAAGCAGCUGAAUGACAUCUACGAAAAACACUUGUUGAGCCAGACUACCUUUGAGGUGGCAGGCACGAACCAAGGGCUGCCGUCCGUCACAAUGCUAACAAGCUCGUCCGCGAAGGGAUCCACCACCAGCAGCAGCACAACGCCCAUCAAACACAACUCCACCCCGGAAGGGAGUCGAACGCUAACGAAGAGUGACACUCGGUUGCGUGCCACGGCGAAAGCCUUCCUGGGAAAGGAAGGCUCACCGGCCCAACCGUACGAUACGACCGCCCAGCGCAACACCGAACAGGAGGAGCAUAAUUUGUACGAGUCCGUACGUAGCAAUUAUCAUAUCUACGAAAAGAUUGACUCGCGAAGAUCUUCCCUCAGCGGGACGACUCCACCGGUAACGUCGGCCGCAUCCUCGGUGGCGUCCUCGUUGGACCAGUACGUACGCCCGGUCGCUCCACAGCUUGGACCACCGCCGCUUCAUCCACGACCAAGGUCGCAUCCCUCGGGCGGGAUCGAACCAACCGAUGGCAGUUCAUCCACGGCAGCCGCAUCCGCAGUCCAUCAGGUUAAUCUGCAGCAGCUGCAAAAAUCGAUACAGUUUAAGCUGGCGUCGAAUGGUACGGCCGGGUGGCCGGGUGUACUUUCACCCAUCCAGGAACGUCCUCCCUUGCCGGCUGGUAGUCGGCUGCAGGCACCGACACGGAGCGCAUCGUCAAGGACUGAGCGCGUCAAUAUUGCACUGGAAACAGCCAAAGCAAUCGCAACGGCAGCGUACAUCGAAAGAGCUGCACAACGAUUGGCUUCCGGCGGUAGCGAAAUUGCACCGGCCACAGCGAAAAGCGGCACCACGGAAAUGAGUGCGCACGGUGGUUUCUGCGGAGCGAUCCAGCGGGCACCGCCCCCGGUACCGGCCGGUUUGGCCCGCCGGAUGGCAAACCGGGAAAACAUCGGCCUCGGCAAGGUCAAAGUCAUGCUCCGAGUGUCCGAUGACCCACCGAGGCAGCAAGCCGGCGAACAGCAGGACCAGUCUUCGGCGCCAGCCGCCACCACAUCGAGCAACCCUCCGCCCACCUACCUGACCGUGGACAAGAAGAAGCGUCAGGUGACGCUGACGGAGACGCACAGCAGCGCAACGAUGGCCCCGUCCGAGCGCGGCCCGAUGGUGUCCGCACCGAAAAUGUUUGCAUUCGAUGCAUUAUUUACGACCGAGGAUUCGCAGCAAGAUAUUUGCGGAACGGCCCUUUCCGAGGUGAUACCAGCCGUGCUGGAAGGAUCGGAUGGAUGUCUCCUGUCGCUCGGCUACCCAGGAGCAGGUCAAUCACGCACCAUGUUCGGCACGGUGACGUCUCCCCCGGGAGAUCUCGGCGCGAUACCGUGCGCCAUCUCGUGGCUGUACAAGGGCAUUAAUGAGAAACGUCAAAAAUCGGGCGCCCGCUUUUCCGUGCGCGUCAGUGCGCUCGGCGUGAACGCGACCAAGCCGGGCUCAUCCUCGAGGGAUCUGCUAGCCGGACAUGCGACAGAAUCGGAUGACUCGCCUGGGAUGUACCUACGGGGAGACUUUCUCGGCCGGCCAACGGAGCUUCGGGCGCCCACAGCGGAACGGGCUGCACUCUUUCUCGAUCUGGCGCUAUCGGGACGAUCGCAGUGCAACUUCGAGCCGGCCUUAAUCUACACCCUGCACGUCUAUCAGUACAGCUUGUCGGGCAAGCGAGGAGUUGAAGGAGGAAGAAGUCGUCUGCAUCUAAUCGAUCUCGGUGGCUGUGCGAAUCGAAACGGAGGUCUUCCACUGUCGGGUAUUGGAAAUGUGCUGCUGGCGAUACUGAGCGGACAGAAGCAUCCACCUAACCGGGAUCAUCCACUGACGCCACUGCUGCGGGACUGCCUAGCACCGAUCACCUGUCACGUAGCGGUAGUGGCGCAUGUAGCUCACACACAGACCCACACGGACACGCUCACGACCAUCCAGCUUGCCUCACGCAUUCAUCGGAUGCGGCGAAGGCUGCGGCCCCGAAACCAUCUGCUAGGCGACAAGGGACUGAACAAUGGGUCGUCCGGCCACCAGUCGGGUGGUUCGUCCGAGGGUCCGGAUCCAUCCAGCUCCGACUUUUCGCAGGACACCGUCAUCUACAUGGGCCCUUGCGAUGAUCCAACGGACGGGGAGCAUCCACCCGUCUAUCUUCCAAGUCUGAACUCGGGCGACAAUCGGUGCGCCAUGAACAAGGCGCUCAAGGGUUCGGUGGCAGAGAAAGGACCCUGCACCGCGACUCCUUCGCCCAAGAAGAAAGCAUCCGCGGCAAGUGCUUCCAAAGCUCAACCCACAAACGCUCCCGGUACGAGUAGUGCCACCACUGUUCCUGGCCGCACCGAUAGUCUUAAGCGCAACCAGCAUCCAGCGUACGCGCACCAGCAGGGCCAGGGUCCGGAGCUGGUCUCGAGCGCCAUUCAGAUAGCGGCCCAGCACGCCUCGCCCAAAGUGAUAGCGGGAGCCUUUAAGCAUGUGUCUGGCGUCAGUAAAGGCUCCAACAUCCCUACGCCAAAGGGUUCGCCUAUGCGACGCCCAACGGCAGGGCCGGCCGUCGCGAACGUCGGCGGCCCCUCCGCAAACCGGGAGAGUCCCUCGCGACAAAUCAGCGAAGAGAAGUGGAUCGACGGUCCGCGAGUUUCCAAAUCCAAGGUGCAUGAGGCGCGUCAUCUAAUGCGCGAGAUCAAUCACGUGAAGAAGUGUGAAACUUGGGUCGAUGGUCCUCGAACACACAGCGCACAAGCUCACCCGAGUCAGUCGCAACCGCUGUCAGCAAGUGCGGCAGCAGCAGCGGCCACCGCCGCUGCCAACAUUGCCGGCGGGUACGGAUUUAUGGAUACGCACAAGAAGAACAUGAUCCGACAGUGGGUCGAAAACCAGUCCAUCCAGCUCCUCCAGCAGUCCAUGUCGGCCAACAACUCACCGAUGCACACGAAGCACCACACCACUUACAGUUUGCCAAAGUUUAAGCCGAGCCGAUCGGAUGAGGAUGGUUUCUUGACGCUCGAGCUCGAUCGUGCGACCGGUGAUGAGUUGGUGAACCCGAUCGCAAUGCGAGGCUUCACUGCGGCGACUACUGUUGCCGCGAACAGCUCGGAGAGUCACGUGCGAACGGGGCUCAAGCAGGGUUACAGUUUCGACGCAGAACAGACAUACAAUGUUACCACACAGCAGCAGCAGCAGCAGCAGCAGCAUCAUCAACAUCCCCAGCAGAGUCAACCACUGUAUGCAUCGGUGUCUCAUGCCGCUAAAAUGUCCACCGCGGCACCCACAGCAACGAUGACCUCGGCAAGCUCUCUGCAUGACAAUCACUCGGAACGAUCACGCGCUACAUCACAAGCUAGUGAUAGGGCGUCCCACACGCAACAGCAGCAAACGGAUGCUACCACCCAGGAGGAAGAGGACCAGGACAGUGGACCAUCGGAAGUACCGCCUGCGUUGCCGCUCAUGGAUCCGCUUGGUUCGCGGGAAAUCUCACACGAAAGCAUCCACAUGCUCUGCUCACGGCAUGCGUCCCGGGAUGACGCGAUGAGCGUGCAUAGCCACAACAGUCACAACAUCGGCAUGAUGGACUGUGGUCUACAGGUGACGGAGGAUGAAAUUGCGAAGACUAUGAAGGGAGAGCAUCCACUGAGCGCCUUGAGUCAUGGAGAGUUGUCAAUCGUAUCGAGCUUCAAUGUUGGUGGAGAUGUCUUUAGUGACUGUGUUAUCGGCGAUAACAUGAGGAGCCAAUUUGACCAACUCGCACGACUACGCGAGAUCUUCACCUCCCAGCUAGCGAUGGCCGAGGUAACACCUUCCUUCCGGCUCGGCGAUACGAACAGCGUGUACAGUGAGCCCGCCUAUCGCUUCAAUGCCGGCCCGGGCAGUGUCUGCAGCGAACCGGCCUACCGUCCACCGAGUCCACGCUGCCGGGACUGUCGCCAGUCCAUGACAAUGUCCCGCACACCCAGCCAAAGCUCGUUGCCAAGCCUCACGGGGAUAGUGGCGAUCGCGGGCAUGGAACAGUACGCCUCCCUUCGCCAUCCGGACGGUGCGUCCGACCCAAACCUGCCGAAGCUGGAGAAAACAACGGACGACAUGCUGGACCCGGACGACGGACCUCACACGCACAUCCGCGAGAACCCGCUGGCCGAGCUGCUCCACUGCCAGAGCGAAGACGACGAUGGGCAGCUGAAAGGACCGUCGUCCACUCUGCUACCACCCCAGAACCUGCCCACCCUGCCGCUGCUACCUCUGUCCACACCGGAAGCGUACGAUAGUGGGCACGAUUCGACGCCCCGCACCUCGAAACAUUCGGGCAUCUCGCGGCGCGCCGAGAGCGGAUACCAUAGCGUCGGGACGGUGCGCGAUAGCGAUGAGUCGAGCUUCGGGUCCGCGGCGUCCAGGGCGCACCAGAAGUCGGCCGGUGCCGGUGGCAAGAAGCGCAACCGUGCCGACAACAAAUCGCUCUGCCACUGGCUGCGAAACCCGUUCAACUGCACCUAUCCCGACACGGAGGGUGAAAUCAGUGACUUCUAGAAGGCCGUUCGAUGUGCUUUAGCUAAUCUGUUCAUCGUGCUGUACUGCGCGUCGUCGUGACAACUUCGCCAUGGCAAGCUACAUCAGUGUUGUAUGUUUAGUUUUUUGGUUUACUGCAAAAGCCUGCUACAUCGCCAGAAUAUCGCCUAUAUAUUGCUGACAAUAAGAUCGCUUGAUCCAAACGCUCACGCGGACGAACUGUACUGGGUGGAGGCUGUAAGACGCGGAACAGAAACUAACCCUAAUUGGUGCUUCAAAUUGGUAGGGUGCUUCAUCGCAGGAUGACAGUGAAAAGUAAUCAAUUCUUCUCAAAUUUAACUUCUAUUUUUACCGCAGGACUCCACACAGCAUAACAAGGAGCGCAACAUAACAACUGACAGCUGCUAAACGCUUCAGAAAACGCUUCAUUGCCGGUACCAUGUUUUGAAUAUCCUUAGUAGGCCGCUCAUUUCUCGUUGAAAAGCUACCAACCUACUGCGAUGACCGACAGUUAAUGAAACGAUUUACCUCCUUUCCCAAGCGUUUUGUGAAGCAUUUGACAGCUGUCAGUUGUUAUGUUGCGCUCCGUGUUAUGCUGUGUGGAGCCCUGCGGUUAUGCUCCUACAUCUGUACCACUCUCUUGAUCUCCUUUUCUCUAUCUCUCUCUCUCUCUCUCUUAACUCUUCACAUCAUUGCUGAGUAAAAAUCAUAAUCAUAAUCGUUAUGUCAUGCUUUUCUGUCGUUGUUGGAUAAUUGUACUGUUUACCCUGCUGUUAUCGAACUAUCAUUCGAACAUCGUUCAACAAAUGUGGCAGCGUGUUUCGCUGCCUCUGGGCUAAAUGCUACCUAAUCGCUCUAAUCGCACAGAUAAAUUAUGGCACAAACCGAUUGUACAGACUAUUUUAAUGCGAUUAUUACUGCUUGGACUUUUAAUUCAAGCCAGCAUGUCCCAUUACCGCGGUUCCCGUUGUAUCGAAUAAUGUUUUUAAAAUUAAAUUUCACCUCCAUUGAAAAAGGCCCGCAUCGAACUAAUGACACUACUACCAUUACUCGGUUGCCAAAAAUGUGCCCACCCCAUUAAAAUGUCGCUGCCGCUCCGCGCUAAAUGCCAUGCCAUGUCGCCCCGUAACUAAUUGCGUUAGCGAAAUUAAGCCCUCCCUCCGCUCCGCAUUGCACGAUCCGUACUAAGUGGGCAAUUGAACUGAUUUGUGCGAUAAUUAUCUCCCAAUCGGGGUGCGAGGGGCUCUUACGGCACUAUAUUGAGGGCACUUUGAAUGGUCGCUUGUUACAGAGGGCAUGUGUAAAAAAAUAAUAAUAAACAAAUAUCGAAAUGCAAAUCCUACCAGUAGAGCAUCAGCGCAACGCAACGCAAAAAAGCGCUACACGAAACAAUCGUUUAUGUAUAAUCUGUUAUUAAAUCUCUAUCGGGUUGGGUUUGGGUGGCGGAACCAGUGGGUGGCCGCCCUCUCCCAUGCUGCUUUUUUGUUGCUCUUUGUUCGCAAAUCGAUCGAACAAUUGUGGCAAUUACGAUGCGAUAAUCACCAUGGCAAUGUAAAUGAUUUGCAAUCCGAUUUAUGUGUUCGCGCGGUCUUAAGUAGCGAAAUAAAAUAAACAAAAGAAAAAAAGAUUAAACGAAUAGCGAACAAGUUUAUGGGAAAAGGAAGAGAAAGUAUGUGAAAUAGAGAGAGAGAGAAAGAGAGAGAGAGCCAGGGAAUGGUUAAAAGAGAGACAGACAGAGUUGAAAAUAGUAAAUCGAAGUAUGAAAAGAUAUCAAUUUUACCUGUCAACAAUCAUAGUAGCAGAAAAGCAUGACGUUAUCCCUCUUAGUAACGACCACAACACGGCCGCGCGGCCGUUUGUUUACAAUCGUUGAGUUCGAUUCUUCAACACUUUAAUGCUGAUUAAAUUGUAUUUAAACCCGGUCUUUGUACAGCUGUUUUUUAUUUCAUUUUUUAAACAAUCUCUUUUGUAAGAAGCAUUUCAGCUGUUGCAAGAAUUGAGCACAACAGAUUACAAACCUACCGUUUACUAAGCCAUCUACAAACAGCAGCACAGCACUGAAACCACUCACAAAUGAGAGCGGAACACAGAUUUUAAUUGGCACUAGGAUACGACUAACGAUCAUCACUAAUCAUAUACAGGAGACACACAGCCGGCAGACCGGUGGUAUCCGGUUCCGAAAAUACAGGUACACAGUUUUAUAGAAUGAAAUUUUACAACAAUCCCAAAAGACGGACGUUGCCCUAUGCCCCCUGUUGUCGUUCGUCGUGCAAGCGUCGGCUGCUUUGAUCCCGAAAGAAAGAGAGAGAAAAAAAACACACACACUGCUAGCUAUCCAAAAUCCGCGAUCCUCCUUCCUAUAUAGCGCGCGUGCGUUGGUGCGUGCGUGAGAACUGAGAAGCAUCACCAGCCUCUUAAUGAACCGAUUAUACUAUUGUAAUUACUAUUACCAUUAUUGCGACGGCUAUUGCACGAAAGGUGUAUUGUAUAAUCUUUUUAUCUACCGCUUUUAUCGAUGCUCGCCACAAAUGUGACGAACGUAUUGAAGGGCGAGGGAGAGCGAGAAAUAAUCAACUGAAAAUAGAAAAUAAUUUUAU